CCCUCUCCCUCUCUCCACCUCAUGGCGGCAAACGGAGCAUUCGGCCGCGUCCUUGUGGGCGUCAAGCGCGUCAUUGACUACGCCGUCAAGGUCCGCGUCAAGCCGGACAAGUCCGGUGUGGAGACGGUUAAUGUCAAGCACUCGCUCAACCCCUUCUGUGAGAUUGCUGUCGAAGAGGCUGUCCGCAUGAAGGAGGCAGGCCUGGCUACCGAGGUUGUUGCUGUGUGCGUUGGACCCAAGAAGGCGCAGGAGAACAUCCGCUCGGCUCUGGCUAUGGGCGCCGAUCGUGGCAUUCACAUCGAGACGGACGAGGAGGUCGCUCCGCUCAACGUCGCCCGCAUCUUGGCCGAGGUCGCAAAGGCCGAGGAGCCGUCCAUGUUCAUCCUUGGCAAGCAGGCCAUCGACGACGACUCCAACCAGACCGGCCAGCUCCUCGGCGGUUUCCUUGGUUGGCCGCAAGGCACCAUGGCCUCCAAGAUCGAGCCGGUCUCAGACACCGCUGUCCACGUCACCCGCGAGAUCGAUGGCGGCCUCGAGACCCUCGAGCUCUCGCUCCCGGCUGUCGUCACCGCAGACCUCCGCCUCAACAAGCCGCGCUUUGCCGCCCUCCCCAACAUCAUGAAGGCCAAGCGCAAGAAGAUCGACGCAAAGACCCCCGCUGACUUUGGCGUUGACAUGGCCUCCUCGCUCCAGACCCUCGAGGUCAACGAGCCGCCCGUCCGUGAGGCCGGCAUCAUGGUCGGCUCUGUCGACGAGCUCGUCGAGAAGCUCAAGGGCGACGGGCUCAUCUGAUCGAGCUCCCCGCUGCCCCAUCCCUCAUCCCAACCCUGUAAACCGCGUUGUUUACCCAGACA